CGGCGGCGCUUCCCGCACGGCUGCCAUGGCCCUGACGGCCGAGAGCGAGUCCCGCCUGUACCGGUCGCUUCGCGCCGCCGCCGGCGCCGCCGCCCACCUCGUAGCGCUGGGCUUCCCCACCGCCGUGGCAGUGCUGGCGCGGCCCGGAUCCAGCCUCUUCUCCUGGCACCCGUUGCUCAUGGCCCUCGCGUUCUCGUUCCUGAUGACAGAAGCCCUGCUGGUGUUCUCCCCGGAGACCUCGCUGCUCCGCUCCUUCUCCCGCAAAGUCAAGGUGCGGGUGCACUGGGCCCUCCAGCUGCUGGCCCUCCUCUGCGCCCUGCUGGGGCUGGGUGUUAUCACCUACAACAAGCACCUGAAUGGCAAGGCCCACUUUGUCACCUGGCACGGCCUGACAGGGCUGCUCACCGUGCUGUACACCGGCGGGCAGUGUGCAGGGGGAGUGCUGCUGCUCUACCCCAAGCUGAUGAAGAACUGGACGUUGGCCAAGCUCAAGCUGUACCAUGCCACCUCGGGGCUGGUGGGCUACCUUCUGGGCUGUGCCAGCCUGAUACUGGGCAUGUGCUCCCUGUGGUUCACCACCUUGGUGACCAGCAUCUCCUGGUACCUCGCCAUGCUGUGUCCCCUUCUCACCAGCCUGGUUAUCAUGAACCAGGUGAGCAAUGCUUACCUGUACCGCAAGCGGAGCCAGCACUGAGGGCCUGGUGUGGAUCUGAACUUCCCCUGUGUGAGCCAGCAAGGCCAGGGCUCCUCCUCACAGCCCCCUGCGGGGGUCACCUUGCACAGGGUCUCCUUGGUACUAGAUUUCUACCUACUCUUCUCUCUUUAGUCCUGGAUUGUCUGUAGUGUCUUGCCUCCAGAGAGUGGCUACAAUGUGUGUGACACCGAGUGGCCAGAUGCUGCCCACCUCAUGCCUGCCCCGGUGGGAGACAUUUCCCAGCACAGGUAACGCUGCUGGUCCCUGCAGCAGCUUGGUGCUCAGUGCUGGGAACCAGAGUGUUCACUCAGGACUCCUGCUCCUUUUCCUUUCCCACCCAAGGCUGCUUUGGAGCAGGCAGGACAGUUGUCAUGUUCCUGGUGAGGAGGGCAGGGAGUCCUCGCUGGCCCAGGAGGCUGCAGUGGGCACCACACUGCCUGUCCUGGCAGGGAGGCAGCUUGGCCAGUGAAAGCACCGGGCAUGGUUGUAGCUUCAGCUGGGUGGCAGCACCCAAAGUGCCCAUCCCCGAGGUGCAGGGACCCAGGGGCUCUCCGGGACAACUGCAGUCAGCCCUGACCAACUGCUGCAGAUCUGGGGGCCACCUCCACGCACAAAGCCCUCCUGCAGGCUGGGGCAACAAUGCUUCAGCCUGGUGGGAAGUGGGCACCAUUUUACAGAGCAUUUUAUGGAGCUGGGCUGCAAACAUGCAGCCUGUGAAGGUGUUUUGUCCCUCAAAGGGGCUCAGGGAACAGGGCUCAGGACACGCCCUCAAGCCAGCCUGCAGAAGAGCCCUUGGGAAGGCAGAAAGGAGCCCCCCCACCUUGCCAGCACAACAGCCUGCCUUCCUUCCAGCCCACCUUCCCACCCUCAGGGCUGCUGGGCACUUGGGAGGCUCUGUCUACUGCAGCAGCUCCUCCUCAGCACAUACCCUGCUCUCGGCAGGGCGGAGAGCUGGAAGCAGCUCCCAGCUGGGAAAUUCCUCUGUAUCCAGAGCUUUUAUUCAAUAAAGAUUUCAGGCAGCUACA